CUUGACUUUACUCUUUACUUCGUAACACCUCCAUCUGACUUCUUUAUUCCUCUCUUUUUCUCCAUCCCUCAUCACUGUCUGUUCAUCAUCUAUUCAUCAUCUAUUCAUCAUCUAUUCAUCAGUCUAUCAUGGAAUCUCCUACCGGCGUCCACCUCGUGGGAAGCAUCCCCCUCUCCUCCACCGACGAGGUCUUCCACAAGAUCCCUGCUGCUCUGCCCGAUCGCCUGUUCUCCAUCCCCGACGGCGAAACAGGCACUCGCGCCAACUGGAUCGGCUGGCAGAUCCCAUUCUUCCCCAAGGACGCUCUCCGACCAACCCUCGGCGGGCCUGAAUUGCCAUCAGACUAUUCUGCAGCUUUCACCCAGAGCUCACUCGAGCCAACCCAGUACGACACCCAGGCUCUAGCCUCGUACAAGCAAUUCAUCAAACUCCGCGAUGCCGGCAUCAUCCCCAAGGGAGUGCGGUUCCAGGUCUCGCUUCCAACGCCGUACGCUUGCAUCCAGGGCCACAUAAAGCCCGAGUUCCAGGCGCAGCUGGAACCGUUCUACGAGCAGCGCAUUCUCGAGUCGCUGGCUUCGAUUAUUAAGGAAAUCCCAUCCCAUGAUCUCGCGCUCCAGUGGGAUCUGUGCUUUGAGACCACGGCCUUGGAAAAUGCACGCGGUCGAUUGACGGAUGAGUUCUUCAAGGCGCAUUUCGAGCCCGUUAAGGAGGGGCUCUUGGAUCGUAUUGAACGUAUCUGUGCUGAUAUUCCGAGUGAGAUACCGGUUGGGUUCCAUCUUUGUUAUGGUGACCUUGGCCAUAGGCACUUCAUUGAGCCGGAGGAUCUGGGCGUGUUGGUGGACUUUGCAAAUGGCAUUCUCAAGCGUCUUGGUGAGCAGCGUACUGUUGGCUGGUUCCAUGUUCCGGUGCCUAAAGACCGAGAUGAUGUGGCGUACUUUGAGCCGUUGAGAGAGCUUGAAGCGGACAAGCAUACCAGGCUUUACUUGGGGGUUGUUCAUGCCAAUGACAAGGCUGGGACUCUGCGGAGGAUCAAGGCUGCUCGCGAGGUUGUCCAGAGGGAGUUUGGAGUGUCCACUGAGUGCGGCAUGGGACGUACUCCUGCAGAGGAACUUGACAGUAUCUUGCAAAUCGCAAAGGAGGUGUCGGUCCCGAAGGAUUAGUUGUCUAAUUCUAUAGCCUCGGUUUACAAGCAAUUAUCAAUCACUCAUCCAUUUCGACAAUCAAUCAAAAUAAUCAAAUUAAUUACCAAUCCAAGUAGCCUCAAUAAUUGCCAACGCCGCCCCCUCCGGCGUCCAACACUUCACACCCCCAAAUCUCCCAUCCGCCUGUGCAAACAGCCCCCUCCACUCCUCCUCAUCCCGCAGCCUCGACUUCGUAAACGCAAGCAUCAUCAUAUCCAUAUACCGGAUAUACCUCUCCAUUGCAAGCGGCAGCGACCCGCUCUCUGGACAGAGACUCUCGUUCACAACAACCCUCGCGCCCUUCUUCAGCGCCGGCACCAGCUGUCUCAGGAUCCGGACUACGUACUCGUCCGACCAGUCAUGGAGCACCCAUCGGAAGAGAUAUACGUCUGCCGUUAUGGGCUGGGGUGUGAA